CCGAGGGGCGGGGCGGCGCGGGGAGGACGCGCCGUGCGCGCCCGGGCUGCGGGCCCGGGUAGGCUACGGGCCGCGUGCCGCCGCCGCCGCCACUGCCCUCUUCGGAGGCGCGGGUGCGGCGGGAGCCAUGUUUGUGGCGCGCAGCAUCGCGGCGGACCAUAAGGAUCUCAUCCACGAUGUCUCCUUCGACUUCCACGGGCGGCGGAUGGCGACCUGCUCCAGCGAUCAGAGCGUUAAGGUCUGGGAUAAAAGUGAAAGUGGGGAUUGGCAUUGUACUGCUAGCUGGAAGACACAUAGUGGAUCUGUAUGGCGUGUAACAUGGGCCCAUCCUGAAUUUGGACAGGUUUUGGCUUCCUGUUCUUUUGACCGAACAGCUGCUGUAUGGGAAGAAAUAGUAGGAGAAUCAAAUGAUAAACUUCGAGGCCAGAGUCACUGGGUUAAAAGGACAACUCUAGUGGAUAGUAGGACGUCUGUUACCGAUGUGAAAUUUGCUCCCAAGCAUAUGGGUCUUAUGUUAGCAACCUGUUCAGCAGAUGGUAUAGUAAGAAUAUAUGAGGCACCAGAUGUUAUGAAUCUCAGCCAGUGGUCUCUGCAGCAUGAGAUCUCAUGUAAGCUGAGCUGUAGUUGCAUUUCUUGGAACCCUUCAAGCUCUCGGGCUCAUUCUCCCAUGAUAGCUGUAGGAAGUGAUGACAAUAGUCCAAAUACAAUGGCCAAGGUUCAGAUUUUUGAAUAUAAUGAAAACACCAGGAAAUACGCAAAAGCUGAAACUCUUAUGACAGUCACUGAUCCUGUACAUGAUAUUGCAUUUGCUCCAAAUUUGGGAAGAUCUUUCCAUAUUCUAGCAAUAGCAACCAAAGAUGUGAGAAUUUUUACAUUAAAGCCUGUGAGGAAAGAACUUACUUCCUCUGGUGGGCCAACAAAAUUUGAAAUCCAUAUCGUGGCUCAAUUUGAUAAUCAUAAUUCCCAGGUCUGGCGAGUGAGUUGGAAUAUAACAGGAACAGUGCUAGCAUCUUCAGGAGAUGAUGGCUGUGUACGAUUGUGGAAAGCUAAUUAUAUGGACAAUUGGAAGUGUACUGGUAUUUUGAUAUGGGGCCCAGUCAAUGGGAAGUUCUCAGCAGGGAAACUCAAUCCUUCCCUAGUUUCAAAUACAACACUUCAUAAUUCAUUAAUGUCUUCUGCUGGCAGGUAUUUCUUUCCCCUGCUGGAUCCCCCACUGGCUGGAUCGAAAUGGUCCAGUUAUGCCCAGCUCCUUUCUCCCCUUCCUCCUCUUCCUCCUCCACCUCCUCCUCCCCCUCCUCUGGUAGAGCACUCUGGUGAUGCUGACACUGCCAGCCUCCAGUAUCCUCACCCUCACAGAGGAUAUUUCUCUCGGCCUCUUAAUCCCUUACCUGAGAAUGAAGGAGUUUAAAACACUGAUUUAACAUUUAAAGGCCUUAUUCAAUGCUUGUAAAUGCUUUCAUUUUUGGCACUUUUUGUUUUUCUUCAUUUUCUUUAUUUUAUUAUUUUUGUUUUUUUACUUUUAGCAUAUCCAAUGGCUUCCAUGUUUUUCUUCAUUUUCUUUUGAAAGGUUUUUCUAAUUUAGGGGCCUGUCUUACGUGUAUUACAACCAGAACACAGUGUUUGGAACCUAAACCUGUUUGUGUGUCAGCAUCAAAGGAACAUUUACUUCACUAGUUGAUAACCUUUGAUGAAAUAUGUACAAGUAACAUUAACUGUGAAAGUUAUACACAGUAGCUGACUUCAAAGUGCCUGUUUUGUAAACUUUAUUGUGAACUGUUUCCAUAGUCUUAAGUUUCUUAUGCUUUGUCUUACUGGUUAAUGUGAAAACAUCAUUAUGAAAUUCACUAUGCUUUUGAGACAUAUAAAAAUGUUUUUAAUUUUACAGGCUAAGGUUGCAUUUGACUAGGAUGUAAAAUAAAUCAUUCCUGUGUAUAAAGUGGCAAAACAUA